GUCAAACGUAAGUUCUACGUGUACGAAGACGAAGAAGUCGCCAAACGCGCAGUCAAGUCGAAGAGCCAUACUACGAAAGUCAUGUUCCUCGCGGCGAUUGCAAGGCCACGCUUCGACCACCACGCGAAGAAGACCUCUGACGGCAAGACGGUGUGCGCAUAG